AAAUGGUAGCAAUGGRAAAACACAAGCUUAAAAACGRCUUUAGCUCUUUUAGAUUAUAUUUWAAAACGUUUAUAUUAUAUAUAUUAUGUCUUGGGUUAGUUAAAUGUGAAGAAAAAAYGAAAAUAGAAGCUGAUUUCUUUGACGAAACGGUUAUAAGCCGKAUCGCCUUUGGAAGUUGCAACAACCAGAACAAGAUCCAACCAUUGUGGAAGCAUAUAAUSCAACAAAAUCCUGAUGUAUGGGUAUGGCUUGGAGAUGCUGUGUAUGCAGACACUAAUGUCCUUCCCUUGAUAUGGACACCAGCACCACUAGAACUAGUAGCUGAAAGAUACCAAAAACAGAAGAAAUUGACAAAUUAUCAGUCAUUUAUAAAAAGUGGUGUAAGAGUGUUAGGUGUAUGGGACGAUCAUGACUAUGGUAUGGACCGCGGUGGAAAGAAUCACAAAGAUCGUCUACAAUCCCAAGGAAUUUUUCUAGAUUUUCUUGACGAACCCCUCGAAAGUGUACGGAGGCAUCGUGAAGGAGUAUAUGGUUCUUAUCUGUUUGGACAGGGAAAUAAAAUAGUCAAGAUUAUCCUAUUGGAUACACGUUCCCAUUCCAUCGCAAAGGGUGCUGGCUGUGAUAUCCUGGGAGAGGUGCAGUGGGGCUGGCUGGAGAAACAGUUGAGUGACAAGAAUCCUUCAUCAUUGACUCUGAUUGGUAGCGGUGUUCAAAUACUAUCUGAUCUGCCAGUGAUUGACAAAUGGCAUGCCUGUCCAGAGAGCUAYGAUAGAUUGAUAUGGAUGCUACAGAAGACACCAGGGGUAAUGCUACUGAGUGGUGAUGUUCAUUUUGGUGAAUUUCAAUGUCUUAACGCAACAAGCACAGGGUACCCACUUUAUGAAUUCACCUCUAGUGGAAUGACAUCAGUUUGUGUCUCGUUGAUUUCCAAGCCCAUUUGUAACUGGCUUCUAAAUGAUGUUGCUUCGUCUUCUGUUCGCUUCAAUGACGUCAUAACCGAACUAAAUUAUGGGAUGAUUAGUAUUGACUGGAACACAACCCCUGUUCAAGUGUCUGUAGAGAUACGAGGUGAAAAUGGAGUUCAUCUACAACAUGCCAUUCCUCUAGAUCAUCUGACUAAACAACAUGACUCACCAAAGUGUCCUGUAGCUGGUAGACCUCCACCCUUCUUUACCAAAACUGCCUUCUGGAGUACCGUGUUUUUGGUGGCUUCCUUAGUUAUAUGUAUACUACUUAGGAUUAUCAUUUCAUUCACAAAAUUUUUUGCUCUAAAUAUUAUGUUCCCAAUACUGGAAAUCAGAAUACAAAACAAAUCACAUGUUCAAAUCCAACCAAUCAACGGCAAGGUCAAGACUUUGAAGAAUGAAUAAGACAAAGAUAUAGAGAGGCUGGUACCUAAAGGUAUUCGAGUCACUAUGAGUACGACCGCUGUACCGGUAAACGUAUGCUAAUUUUAAAAGAGGCGGGAAAUUAUGACCAAUGAAAGACCAGUUGUCAGUGACGUAUGGUUCAACGUGAUAUUAACUAGACGCUUGAUUGGUUAUUCAUCGCUGGAUUUCUGAUUUCAGGAAAGAAAUUAAAGAUAAUUUAUUGCAAAUUGAAGAUAUUCAGAAAAAUUGAGUUAAAUAAGCAAUAUAUAUGAAUUAAAAUAAGCAAUAUAUGAAUUAUAAUUACAUUAUUAUUAUCAUUAUUAUUAUCAUUAUUUCCGGCUUAUAAUUAAUAAUAUCUCUUAUUACAAUUAUAUUUAUUCAAAGCACACUUUAUUUUUUUUCACGGGAAAAGUUAGGUUGGGAUUUUUUAAUUAAUGUUGGCGACCAGAAGACCUACUCGACUUGGGCCUAAUGUACGUUUCCCCUUUUCAGACCACAUGUUAUUUUCUUGCAUAUCAUUUCUUUGUUUAACAGAAAAAAAUCAACUCCUAAAUUCCAAUUCGAUCACGGAGUGAGAGCCACAGGUUUGUUAGCCAUUGGCUAUUAAGUGCUACCCUCGUGAAAAAAAAGGACAGUUGAGAAGACACUUGAAUAUGGAUACAACUCAAACGAAGAAUCUUAUUCCCUAGAGAAUGACACGUGGUCUGAAAUGGAAAAACCUGAAAAGGUCUAUAAUAAUUAUGCACAGCACARCCUUACUUUUUAAAGGUAUUUCGGAAAAACCAGUAAUAGGAUUUUUAAAUUAACCAAUGCAAGGCUACGUCAUCAAUUUAUAACGUCAUCAAGAUACGUCAUGACCCUUGACGUCAUCCAAAUAUGACGUCAUUGAACGAGACCGGUUAUGUUCGGAUAUGAAUUACAAUUUUAUUUCUCGUUGGUUCGUUUUCCAAAUUCACUAUUUAUGGGCACGAUUUGGUUUUUUAAUAUAUAAUUAGAUAGUAAUUUAUCAAUAAAUAAACAAAUUAUAUAUGUAGCUAUGGACAUAAGAUUAUUUAGGAAUUUUUAAAAUAAAAACUAAAAAAUCUCA